GCUGAGGCUCUGAAAUACUGGAGGACACUGCAUCUUCCUCAGGGACACGGGCAAGGGAGAGCUGGAGCCUCUGGGGGCUCAGAAAGGAAUUGUGCUUGGUGGUCGCCUGAGGAACUUACCUUCACCCCAAUGUUGCUCUGAAACGAGUCGUGUCCAGCAGUCAGGUUUGGUAAGAUGCCUCAGGAACAGUACCCGCACCGGAGCACCAUGCAGACCUCGGAAGGACCCCAGGUAUACAAAGUGGGGAUUUAUGGCUGGAGGAAGAGGUGCCUCUAUUUCUUUGUGCUGCUCCUAAUGAUUUUAAUCCUGGUGAACCUUGCUAUGACCAUCUGGAUUCUGAAGGUUAUGAACUUCACAAUUGAUGGAAUGGGGAACCUGAGGAUCACAGAAAAGGGUCUGAAGCUUGAAGGAGAUUCUGAAUUCUUGAAACCUCUCUACGCCAAAGAAAUCCGAUCAAGACCAGGCAACCCACUGUACUUCCAGUCCGCCAGGAACGUCACCGUGAACAUCCUCAACGAGAAGACAAAAGUCCUCACCCGCCUCGUGACAGGUCCCCAAGCAGUGGAAGCACACAGCCAAAAAUUUGAGGUGAAAACCCUCUCUGGAAAAUUGCUGUUUUCUGCAGAUGACAAUGAAGUGGUGGUUGGAGCAGAGAGAUUGAGAGUUCUAGGAGCAGAAGGCACAGUGUUCCCUAAAUCUAUAGAAACUCCCAAUGUCAGGGCAGACCCCUUCAAGGAACUAAGGCUGGAGUCGCCCACGCGCGCGCUGGUGAUGGAGGCGCCCAAGGGCAUCGAGAUCAACGCCGAGGCCGGCAGCCUGAAGGCCACGUGCAGGACAGAGCUCAGGCUGGAAUCCAAAGAUGGAGAGAUAACGUUGAAUUCUGCAAAAAUCAAACUACCUAACUUGCCUCAAGGAUCUUCCUCUUCUGCAGGGUCCAGGCAAAAAAUCUACGAGCUCUGUGUGUGUCCCAACGGGAGGCUGUUCCUGUCUCAGGCAGGCAGCAGCUCCACCUGCCAGAUAAACACGAGCGUCUGCCUUUGAGAGACAGUUUGCAGUGGGGCAUCACAGGCAGCACAAAAGCCAGUUCUGGUCUCACAGAUCCAGCUGCCAACUAUUUUUACUAGAACACAGAAAGCCUAUCAAAGACUUCUUUUGUGUGUGCGCGCGCGUGUGUGUGAAUAUAUAUAUAUAAAAAUAUAUAUAUAAGAUAUAUAUAUAUAUCCUCUGUGUAAAACGAUGUUUCAGUACAAGGAAUCCCAGGGUGACCCUGUUACAUUUGUGUAGCAUUUCUCUUUCCCCACGCCAAAAUUUACUGGUACAAUCUGCUGAAUUGGAUCUGAUGCUCCCCCGGACCCCUCUGUGUUAAUACAGUGCAGUGAUCACCCCUCGUUUUUGAUCAUGUUCUCAGAGCAGUGGGAUUGCUGCCUGGGCAAGCCCCUGGAACCAGUGCAGACCCACCACCACCAUCCAAAGGGAAGAGAAGCAUCUCUGAUCAUUUUUGUGCCAUUAAAUCAGUGGCAUGAAAACGAAAUAAUUUCAAAAACAGCACAAUAGCCAGAUGUGCUGUGCUGAUCACCUGCAGUGAUCCAAGAUACCUGAGGUUAAAUUGCUCUUUAAUUAUCACCUGAAGCGUGGCUCCCUGUUGGGGGAGAUGGAUGCACUUGGCCAGUAGGAAAGUCCAGACCUUGCCAAAAUAAUAAAUGUGUUUUUCUGAAGGGGUUCAGCCUUUUCCUGUGCAUGGCCAAGGAUGCCUUGUGCUAUUCAGGUGUGACACAUCAUGUCCAACAUUAACCUAAAAUCACCUCUGUGCUGGCAAAAUGGGUGUUGUAUUUAGUUAUUGGAAGGAAUAAAAUUGUGAAAGUUGGACUAAGCAGAAAAAUCCUGAACCUCCUUUGUUAAAAGGUGUCCUGGAUCACCCUACAAAUUCCCCAUUAACACCUUCUAUCUUGAAAAUAUCUGGUGUGAAGGUGUGAAGAUUUAAGAGUUGGACAUUGCCUAAAUACUUGUAGAAACAGAGAAAAUCAACUAAAAACUGAGAAAACCAUAAAACUAAGUGUAAAAUGUAGAUGCUGCACCAGAACUUUUGUCUUCCUUCUUUUCAAGAUCUACAGUCCAAGGUCACUUAGAUUUGGUGGAAACUGCAAUAUCAGAGAUGCUGACAAUGAAAGGCAUUUUUUAAGGAUUUAUGAAGAUUGUGACAAAGCCAGAUUACUGAAAGGAAGGCCUUUGGAUGCUGGUUCCUCUAGAAUUUGAGUCCCCAAAACUCUGUGGUUGAAUUUUAUCAUAGUUGCAUUUUUUCUGUAUCUUAAAGUCUACGAGUCACGGGCAGGAUAAAACACAAAAAUCUGAUCUGGUAACAUUACUUCCACUUUUGAAAUUUUGGAAAACAAUGAUAAGAGCCCAGACCAGUGAAUUCUGACCCAUAAUUUCAUCCAUGUGCAUGUAAAAAUCCUUUAAAAAAAUCCCAAAUAUACCAAUUACAGCAAAAGUUUCCAAGUCGCAGUAAAUCUCACAAGGACAGCAAGGUUUCCACGCCACUGAGAUGCUUUUGAAAUAUUACCUCAUGUGCAAAUAAGACAGAUCUGUGCCCAUCCCUAGUGAUAGCUAACCAAAGCUGGUAUUCUUUGAGCUAUCGUCAAGAUAAAACAUAAAAUCUGACAGAAAUCUUUAGAAAUAAUUGUAGCCCAUUCCUUUUUUUUACAGAUUUUCAUGUAUUUUCUUGUGGUCUCGAGAGUACCAGGGUUUGAUUUUGUUUUAAAUUUUUUAUUUUUAAAUUAACAAUUCUGGCUUAAUCCAAAACUGAUUGGACUGAAAGAGAAGAUUUCUAUGGAGUUUAGAUUAGAAGUGUUGCUGCCUACCAAAGCAGCACUCCCCAAAAAAAUCAUUCCUGAAAGAGGAUUAAAUGAUUUGCUUUUAUUUCAAUAAUGCUUUCCGAUGAAAUAAUGAGUUCAAACGAUUUGUUAAUGAAUUAUUCCUGUAAUCAUUGUGUCUUGAGUCAACGUUUGAAUGCAAAGGGUCACCCAGGGUAACAAUUGUAUUGGGACACAGGACUAUACCAUCUCUGUUCAAAGAGGGGAAUUGUGCCUAUGCCUUAAGUCAAUGCACUCAGCAAGGAGAAGCACAUCAUAUUUAUCUUGUUAUUAAAUCUAGUUUCUUUGGGGGGAGGGGCAGGAGGGUAUCUUGGGAACUGGUUGUGCAACUUAAAACAGAUAUUGAUGAAAUACAUUAAGACUGUAGGGGCACCUAGAAUUAUACAGACUUUUUUUUUUUACCAUGUUAAAUAUAGCAAAAUACUGUGUACGUUACCUCUGGGACCAUGACUGAAGUCCCAUUCAUAGUCCUACAUUUACUGUAGAUUUUUUUUCCCUGUUUCAUUGAAUACUGUUCACAGACUUCAUAGCAAGCAUGGCCCAGUCCAUAACCAAAUCCUGUGUGAGCAGUUUGAAGAGUGAUGCUGCAGGAAGAGUUCCCUGUAAAUGAAUAAUCAGAUUCACUUUCCAGCCCUGGGAGUGUUCAGGUGGGUGAGGAAGGCAGGGCUGUACACAGGGAUCCUGAUUUCUGUGCCCCACUCUGGACACACCAGUGCCUCAUCCUCAUCCUCUGGCUGCUCCCAAUUUCCAUCUCAGCAAAUUGAUUUUGAGUGGCUGCUUUUCUCAGCUGGGCUCUUGGGUGAGGUUAGCACCUUCUCAUAUCACAACAGCCAUGAAACUGCCAAGGACAUUCAUAUCUUGGUGUGAAUUUCUGCUGGGCAGCUGUUAGGAAAUGACCUUAACAUCUGUGCCAGCUCUGCAGAUGCUUCUCUGAGGUGAACAAAGGGUACCUUAAUUAUGUCUACUGAAAGAAAUUCUUCUUGUUUUGAUAUAUUUUACAACCAUGCUUCCAUUUUAAAAAAUAUAAGUAUAUGUGGUGUUGAAAUUGUUGUGAGGAAUUGUUGUUAGAAAGAAUGAACCCCUGUAGGGACUUGUAGUCCAUUUGAACAACACUUGAGUUUUGAGAGUGGUUUGGGUGAUGCUGCCUGUGCUGGCCAGCAAGUGGCAAAAAUAAAUCCAGGCUGGGCAGAGAACAGGUCAGGAAUAUUCCUGAGGAGAAGGACUUGGGUUGUUGGUUGAGGAGAAGCUCAACAUGGCCCAAAGUGCACUCACAGCCCAGAAAAAGCAGUCGAAGGAGGGGAUUGUGAGCUCUUGUGCCACCCCACCUGCAGUGCUGUGCCCAGCUCUGGGCAUCCCAGCAUCAGAAGGAUGGGGACACAUUGGAGUGAGUCCAGAGGAGACCACAAAGGUGUUCUGAGGGCUGGAGCCCCUCUGGGAGAACUGGGAGUGUUUACCAGGAGAAGAGAAGGCUCCAGAGAGACCUCAGAGCCUCUUCCAGUGCUCCAGGAGAGCUGGAGAGGGACUUCUUACAAGGGCAGGGGGUAAUAGGACAUGGAAGAAUGGCUUCAAACUGACAGCAGGCAGGGUUAGGGUAAAUGCUAGGAAGAAACUCUUUUCUGUGGGGAUGGUGAGGCCCUGGCACAGGUUGCCCAGAGAAGCUGUGGAUGCUUGGAGUAGCCUGGUCUAGUGGAAGGUGUCCCUGCCCAUGGCAUGGGGCUGGAACUGGAUGAUCUUUAGGGUCCCUUCCAUCCCAAACCAUUCUAGGAUUCUGUGAAAGCAGAGCAAACAGGACUGUGUCUCAGAUCCCAGGGGAAAAAACAGCCAUUUUAAAAUGCAGCCUGCCAACACAUCCAGCCAUCUCACCCACCACAGUUAUUGUGGACUCUCCUGUUGGACAGGGCAAGUGCAUGAGAGUCCCUUCUCCUCCUUCCUUGCCCAGAGAUCCCUCACAGCUGUGCCUGUGUGGGCUGCUCCUCCCUGAAUCCAUUUAAACCAGAGCUUCCCUGAGUGGAAUUCCAUCCAUAUGCUCUACCCACCCUUGCUAAAAUGCCAAAAACAAACAGGGGUUUGUGUAUUUUGUUGUGGGAGCCUGAGGUUUAGUUCAGCUGAGCAUUUGCUGUUUGGGAGAUGGGGUUGAUCUCAAAAGGGAGUUCAGUUUGUUUCUGCUGAGAUCAGUGGAGGAGAUGAUGGUGAUUUCAUGGGCUGAGCUGGCAGCUGGACAGGGCACUGAGGGCGGGGGGGCACUGCCAGCCCUGGGGGUGGCUGUGGGGCUGCUCCAGACCCUGCCCUGCAGCUGUGAGCACUGAACCCCCACCCAAACUCAUCAAGGGUUAGACAGCACUGUGCCACAGGGGCAGUGUACCUGGGGCAGCCGUGCAGGAUGCAUAAAUGCAUUUAUUAUUAAAUGUGUGGUGGCUCUGUAUGGACUGCAGGACCUUGUCCAAUUCGCUGUAAAUGUGACACUUUAGGAGGGGAUCAGGAGAAUGACAGUCAGUGCUCACCUGUGACUGGCACCUUUUCCAUCUGUAGUGUGUGACCCUUCUGUCAUAGCUGAGGUAGGAUGGCUCUUCUAAAGCAAGACUUUUCCAAUAGCAAAAGCAGAGGUCCUGGUUGUACAUCUGUACCCAUCCUCCAAGUUUCUUUGUGUGUUUUUUUUUUUUUUUUUGGCUAUUCGUUUGUUUGGGGUUUUUAUUCAUUUUGAAGUGUAUUACCCCACAGUCAGUGAAGUGGAGAGCUGAAGAGUACAAAGAAAUUUUAACAGUAAAGGAAGUCAUCAGAAGGGGAAGCCAGUAACCACUACAAUAUGUAUAAAGCCUCUCCUAAGUAUUCAUUUUUAGAAAACUGCGUAUGUGCAGGAGUGAUUUGUAUUUGGUUACCUCAGUCAAACAGCUGUGUUUUAGAAUGAUUGUGGUUUUGUUUCUCCUCUUAUGAUAAAUAUCACAUUGCACAAACAAAAUUUUGAAAGUAUAAGCCUAAAAAUACAAUUUACAAUAUAUGGUAUAGCAAAAUGAUGGCUAAAUAAAAAUCCCUCCCUAGAAUUUGCUCCAAGGUUAAAGGGGAAUUCCUGUGGAACUUGUGAAGGCUAGCUCACAUCACAACCUAGUGAAAAUUAAUUCUGUUGGCAUAAGAUGCUCACACAUACACACAAAUACACACACACACAUAUACACUUGUUUACAGCAAAAGCCAAUUUUCUUUCUAUUUGUUCUUAUGGCUUUAAGUUUGACAUUGCAAAAGACAAAGACCAAAGACUUCGAGAAACUCAUCCCUCUCUGGUUGCCCUCAUGCCUGAAAUGCAUUAACUUUAAUGGUGCUUUUUCUGAACUGAGCAGGAAAAAGGCAGGUGUAUCAUAAAGCUGCAUUUGAGAGGAUAAAGUGGCAGGCAGGCUCUAACUUGGUUAAUGGGGAGAGGAGGAAAUAAUGUGAAAAAUCUUGAAAUGUGUGCAGAGGGCAAGGUUAGCUGAAAUUUGAAACGUGGAGAAAUAGCCCAGAAAGCUAAAAGACAUCAUCCUGGGCUGAAAGUAUAAAUAAACUGAGUAAAUGGUGCCAGCUGUUCACUGGAGCAUUAGCAGGGCAGGAGCUCCAGUGGCUGCUCGGUGGAAAAGAGUAACUGCUGCAAUGAUUUCCUUUUUGAAGUAUCUACAGUAAAAACAUUAAAAACAAACAAACAACAACAACAGAAAAGUUAGAAUCUGUGCUCUUUUUUAUGGCUGACAUUUUAAAUUUUGAAAUGUCAUCAUCCAGAAUUCACCUCAGCAAGCACAGGGCGUGUUCCUGCCAAGCUUUGCCAAGCACUGCUUUGGUGCUUUUUGAAUGUGAAAAUACCAGCCUUUUUAUUGCCCUGGCUGUUCAGGACCAUGAGCCUGACAACAGUUCCCUUUUCCCCAUUUUAACCAUUUUUUUCCUCAGCUCUGAAAUUGCUGUGUAAUGUUUUGGUGGCUGGUGUCCUGCUCUCAAAUCCAGCAGCCCCCAAGCCCGCAUUGUGUCACAUCUGAGUCUCACAGACCUCCAAAACCCAAAACCUGCAUGGAGCAGUGACAUGGCCAUAAAAUUGGAGACUUUCAGGUAAAUUCUGCCUGGCAGUUGCUGUGUGUUCACAGCUGGUGUGGCCAGGUUUAUGGCUGUGAGUGGAGCAGGGUUAAACACUGACGUGGUGCUGAGGUUAUUGAAGCAAGAGUGGAGUGAAUUAAACAAGGCAGGUAGGAGGGAAGGGGAAGAAAUGGGGAGAGACAUAACCCUAAUCACAGUAAUGCAGUCUAUGUCUUUGUCCCUUUGCACUAUUAUACUUUAAAUUAAUAACAUCCAUUUCACUAAAUAUGGUGGCAAUUAUACUUGAUCUUUUCAUGGAGCUCGGUGGAAUUACUGUCACUGAAACCAGCUCGGGCUGUUCAAGAUUGCUGGGGUGUUGUUUCCAUCCACAAUAACCACAGUGGCUUGGGGCUUGGAUGGAAAUUAUAGUGAAUAGCUUGUAUUUAGAAAGCUUUUAAGUCUGCUGUGGUUGAGAGGCCCCUGGUUAUGCACAUCCAGCCCUGAGGCUUUAUCAUUCCAGCCUCUCUUGUCCUGCCACUUGAAUUGUAUUGUGCCCCUGUGAAAAGCGACACACGGCAUAAAGAACACAGGGAAAGAUGGAUAUUUAAAGCUGCAGGAUUUUUAUCUGAAACGAAGAGGGAAACACAAUCAGAGUGCCCUACUGAGAUUUCCCAUCCAAAUCACUUUAAACUGGAGUUGCAAGUCCCUUAAAAAUUAAUUUGCUACAAGUGUCAUUCCUGAAGCAAAGUUAGCACUGGUGUCUCUCCUAGGAAAUGUCUCACCUUAUUGCAGCUCGGAGCCCUGUGGUGGCUGGGAUUUUGUGCCACCACUCAGGAGUGAUGGGCUGCCUGUUCAGAGGAAGUCAGGUUUCCUUUGAGGCAGCUGAUCUCCAUGCAUUGAGCUUUUGUUAGCUUUUAAUAAGGAUUAAAAAAUAGGAGGGAUGAGCCCACUAUGAAAUAUGUCAUUUUAUGUUUGCCUCAUUUAGUUGGUUGAAACUUUCCACCAGGAAGAGAAAAUAUCAGGAGAAAUUUCUGUGAAAAUGUUACAUUUACAUUGUGCCACCAAAUGCUUCAGAUAAAAACAUGCAGCUUUAGCUAAACAGUCUUUUCUUCUGAGAUUAAAAAGGACUCCUUGGAGUCUCUCAUCAGGUCCUACCCAAAUAGGAAGUUUUUUCCAUUUCUAACAUAUUUUUCUUCGUAGGAACAGAUCCAUUGCAAAGCACAAGUCAUGUGCAUCUUUGCAUGUAACAGGAAUUUUAAAUUGCAUUGUACUCUUACAUUUUUUCCCCAUUGAAAGGCUUAACCAUUGAUAGGAUAUAGAGCCCUCCAAAACCUUUACUGCUAAAUACAUUAUCUCUUUCUAAAGCAAUCUAUGUCCUUUGGUCUUUUAAAAAUUUCCUCAUAAUGGAGUCCUUGAAACAUCUCGAGGCAGGCUCACGCUGGAGAGCAAGAGAGUAAUUAUUUGUGGGUGGUGCUAUUUUUGCUGAAGCUUGGAUUGCAGCUGAAAAAAAAAUGUUGUUAGAGCUUCUCCCACACUCCCUUAGCUGCAAACCCCACCAGCCCCCCACACCAGGGCUGGAUCUCUCCAGGGUGGCUGCCCUAGAGCAAGGAGUGAUGAUUUUGCCUCCAAAAUCAUCACUCCAAAAUCCAAAAUUUUGCCUCCAGAGGAGGCCAGGGUCCUCCUCUGGCCCUGGGCAAUCAGUGUCAGUGCUGGCACGGAUGAUGAGACUCUGGCAGCUCUGGUGAUCCUGCAGGUGGUACAGGGUGAUGGGUACCUGCAGCCUGAGGGGAUAAAGGAUGCUGGACAUUUUUGGGUGCUGUUCUCACAAGCCUUUGAGAGCAGUAGCUCCUGAGGGCAGGCACUGCUGGAGGAAUUCACUUUGUUGUCUCUUUUUGUGGGUUAUCAGAGCGAGAGUGGAAGGAGAGAUGAACAAAUCCUGCAAAGAAAGGGUGUGCCAGAAACCUCAGAAAGGGCAGAUCUGAGCAACCACUGUCCCCUGUCAGAGAAGGGCUGAGUGGACAAAAUUCACAGCUGCAUUCCUCCCUAGGCCAGAGCUUUUCCUGAGCUGUGACCUUGGUCUGGAUCUGCCCUGUGUGGUAGAUUGGGAGCAGGGAAGGGAUUGACCUGCUGGAUCUGGAUUUUGCUUGUUUUAUUUUUUUCCCACCCCAUCUUUGAAUUAGUUUCGCUGCGAGCAAAUGCCAAUAGAGUUGUCAAUAUUCACCCAAAAAGAAAAAGCUCUGUAAAGGUAGAGCCAACAGCAAAACAACAUUCAGUUGUCAAAGCAAACCCUGUUCAUCUACAGCAGCAGCAUAAAAGGCAUGACCCCUGUGCUACAGCAGUUUUCAUCUUUGAUGGGAAAACGCCUUGUCUGACCUCUACUCUGAAAACCACCAAUGACCUUGACCGUGUAAACAGGACAAAAUGAAUUUCAAAUCUUAUCACAGUUCUCAUGACGAAAUUCAGAUUUGUUUGGCUUUUUUUUCCUUUUUAAUUUAUGUAUGUGUGUGGUUGUGUGGGAAAAUAUAAAGCUUUUUUGUAUCAAAUAACAUCAAUCCUUGCACACUCUAUGCAAAAUUUUGUAAGCAUUGCAAUAAUGCUAUGAAUUACACAAGGAACUAUUUUAACUUUAUUACACUUUCUGUAUAAAAAAAAAGUUUGUAUUUAAAUGAUUUCAACUGCAAUCUUGUAAAAUAUAUUAAUAAAAUAAUGAUUGUUAAGAAGGAAA